GUCGGUUGGCAUUUUACAUUUCAUCAUUGCAAUCCAGCGCGAGUUUGACGCAGUGAUCUCUGAGCUCUCAUUCAGAUCAGCUGAUUUCCCACCUCUCUCUUUCUCUCUCUCUCUCGCAUAGUUUUAAUAUAAAACAAGAUCUUUUUUUUCAAGCGUUUCUUUUCCUAGAUAAGUUUUGAUGGUGAUCCACAUCGGACAGUAAACUGUGAUGGCAGACUCUGAUGCGCAAGAGACUCGCCAACCUGCAAAAGACUCUCCGUUCUCCAUAAAGAACCUGCUGAACAUCGAAGACAAACCAGCGAAGCCCAAAAGCUUCCUCGGUUCGUCCAGAGGAGUCUUUGAAGGCAACUUCUUCUCUCGGCUCGGGGACUUGUCCUUCCCUCGGUUUGAGUUGCCCACACAGAGAAUUGGACUAUCGGCGCAGUAUUUGGAGAGAGCGUCUACCUGGUGGUACCCAUACACACUCGGGACUCAUCUCAGGACUGGAGGGUCUGAGAAGGCCAGCCUGAGAGAAGUUUCGCCGGCACCGGACAGGCGAUCCCCGGAUCUCCAAAAAAUAGACCAAGAUGCCAAAGAGGAAAGCGCCGACGAAGAUAUCGCGCUUGAUGAAAGUGACUCUGAAGAGCCAAAGAAAGAAAUAGACCAGGAAGACGACUGGAGGAGGAAAACGGACGAUCUGGACUCCGAUAAAAAACACUGUCGAAAGAAGAAGACGCGCACGGUGUUUUCCAGGAGUCAGGUCUUCCAGCUGGAGUCCACCUUCGACAUCAAGCGCUACCUGAGCAGCUCGGAGAGGGCCGGCCUGGCUGCGUCCCUGCACUUGACAGAGACGCAGGUGAAAAUCUGGUUUCAGAACCGGAGGAAUAAGUGGAAAAGGCAGCUGGCCGCGGAGCUGGAGGCGGCCAACAUGAGCCAUGCGGCGGCGCAGAGGAUUGUGCGUGUUCCCAUACUUUACCACGAGAACGGAGCCCCAGAAUCGGCCGGGGGCCCCGCUUCAAACUCACCGAGCAGCCAGUCACUGCUGGCUUUCCCCCACCACAUGUACUAUUCCCACCACGUCCCACUGCUGAGGCCUGUGUAACACUGACCAUGCGCUGUACACAUGUUUUUAAAUGAUUGACCUUCAUUGGAAAAAAAUACACAUUUUGUACAUUUUGUAGAUUUAACGAAGACAAUGUUAUGUUAUAUUAUUAUUAUUGUUAUUAAUAUUAUUAUUAUUAGGCAGCCCUUUCCUGCUGAAGCGUCCCAUGGCUCCAUUUGGUUUAACAGGAGGGACAUUCAAAACGUGUUAUUAUUACAAAACAUAUUAUUGUUAUUGGUAAAAUUGUUACAUGCUCUAAAGUGGGUAAAUAUAUUUUAAUGUUUUUGUUUGGAAAAAAAAUAACUUGUUUUAAACAGGGUUGACUGUCCAUAGCAAUUGUACAGAUAUUUGUGUCAGUGUUUGUAUAACACAUGUGGAAUUUAAUAUUUUGAUAUUUUCCUAUAUUGUGCAAUAAUGUUGGCUUCACAUUAGGCUACCAGCCUUUAACACCUAUAGGCUAUAGUUCACUUUUACAAAAAAAAGCAACCCUUUUCUCUUUGUAAUAGUGAAGACAAUCAUGUGAUCCUUAAAAAAAACUGCAGUUGAUGGGGAUUUGUUUUUAUGUUGCAAUGUUUUCCGGUAAUUUAAAAGCCAUGCAAAGAGCCAAAAAUAGCCUUUGGUGUAUGUUUUUCUCUGAUAUUGUUAUUGAAAAUCUGUAUAUUAUGAUCUUAAGUAAAGAUUUCGUUCCAAAAAAGACGUAUCUAUCCUUAAUAUGAAAGUGAUGUACAUGUGAAGAAAUAAUUCAAUUAAGUUGUGUCCUAAAGUUCUUGGUUUCCAAUCAUUUGUGAGGAU